AUGAAUUCUUUGUCCAGCAACGCAAUGAUGCCACAGCAAUCGCCGAGCGGUCCCACACCACCGCCAUCAAAUACGGUUCCUGGAAACUUCAACAAGGAUCAGUUCAAUGGUCUGCUGCAGCGUGCUCGAGUGCUGCAGAGUCAGGGUUUUACUGAGGAGACCAAUGCCGAAUUCGCCCAGAUUAUGCAAAUGCUGAAGAGCUUCCAAUUGCAACAAAAGUUACAACAGCAACGGCAGAAUAUGGUAGGAGGAGGUGGCUUCCAGCAAUCACCAAUGUCACCUGUUCAAGUACCAUCACAGCAACCAAGGCCAUCCCAACCACGACCACCAAUGCCCGCUCAGCAACAACAACAACCACAGCAACCACCACAACAACAGCCUAUGAUGGAUGCACCAGCAUCUCCAGCUGUUCCACCACAUUCAGUUUUUACACAAGCCCAGCUGGGUGCUCUCAAAUACCAGAUCCUUGCAUACAAGCUCAUUUCCAAGAACAUGCCAUUACCACAUCAUAUUCAACAAGCAGUGCUACAACCUUUUCCCACAACCGACGAUUCAUCAGCAACGACGCCAUUGAAUACGAGUGUUGUUGGUGCUGGUGUUGGUGGUGAAAGGACAACUGAUUCAGCAACAUCAAUAGCAGGAGCUGCAGCUGUGAGCAAUGGGAUUGCAUCCCCGGCGGGUGCUGGUUCUACUGCAACAACCUCCAGCAAACAGCCAUCAGUCACUGCCUCUCCUCAACAAACAUUGCAACAAGUCGUGCCACAGACUACACCUUCUUCCUCUGCACAAGUGCCAUUACCAGGGCAACCUGCCCCUGAAUACAAUGCUUAUGCAUCACCAUACAACAUGCUGAAAAAGCCAAUCACAUCAUACGCUCAUGCUUCGAGACAACAUCGGCAACUUAUACCAAGCAUUACACCCGUGGGUGUCGAUAGUCAAAAGUUGUCAGAGGAGCGAGAACGGCGUAUCAAUGAGCACAUUCAAGAUCGCAUUCAUGAAUUGGAAAAGUUAUCAGGCAGCAUGAUUGAAAAACUCAAGGAGCAGGAUAUCAAUGUCAACAAGUCGUCGGCUUCUUCAACGCCUUUAAGAUCACUCAUUGAACUCAAGAGCCUCAAGUUAUUGGAUAAGCAAAGAAAGCUACGACAAGAAAUGACACAUGGCAUGUCAAAAGCAACACAACUCGCCACAUCAGCUGAUAGAAUCGCAUUUCGACGUCUCAAGCGCCAAUCGCUUCGUGAAGCUCGUGUCACAGAAAGAAUCGAACGACAACAGCGAAUUGAUCGUGAGAACCAAAAGAAGCAAAAGCACAUGGAGCAAUUGCAAAUCAUUUGUGAUCAUGGACGCAAUCUUAUCGCCGCGCAACGUGCUUGGCAAGCAAAGCAAAACAAAUUGGGCCGUGCCGUGCUUCAAUAUCAUCAGCAUGUUGAAAAGGAAGAGCAAAAGAAAGCAGAGCGGAUAUCCAAGGAGCGUAUUCGUGCUUUGAGAAACGACGAUGAGGAAGCUUACAUGAAGUUGAUUGAUGAGGCCAAGGAUACUCGUUUGACACAAUUGCUCAAGCAAACAGAUGCUUUCUUGGAGUCACUCACCAAAGCUGUUGUCGAUCAACAAAAUGAUCCCGUGCAUAGACACGAGUAUUUGGCCGAAGAGCCUGGCGUGGAGGAGGAUAGCAGCAAGGUGGACUACUUUAAGGUCACUCAUCGUAUCAAGGAAGAAGUUUCUCAACCCAACAUUCUCGUUGGUGGUACCUUGAAGGACUAUCAGAUCAAGGGUCUUCAAUGGAUGGUGUCAUUAUACAACAAUCAUUUGAACGGCAUUUUGGCAGAUGAAAUGGGUUUGGGCAAGACUAUCCAGACCAUCAGUCUUAUCACCUAUUUGAUCGAGCGAAAGCGACAAAAUGGACCCUAUUUGAUCGUCGUGCCAUUAUCUACGUUGACCAAUUGGGCAUUGGAAUUCGACAAAUGGGCACCCUCUGUGGCCAAGGUGGUAUACAAGGGUCCUCCCCAAGUGCGACGCAAUUUGCAAAUGGAUAUUCGUCGUGGCGAUUUCCAGGUUCUUUUGACCACUUUCGAGUACAUCAUCAAAGAUCGACCUGUAUUGAGCAAGACCAAAUGGCUACACAUGAUUGUGGAUGAGGGUCAUCGUAUGAAAAACACCAAAUCAAAGCUUACGUUGGUGCUGCGUCAGUACUAUCAUGCACGAUACCGAUUGAUUUUGACAGGCACUCCCCUUCAGAACAACUUGCCAGAACUCUGGGCAUUGCUCAACUUUAUCUUGCCAAAGAUCUUUAAGAGUGUCAAGACAUUCGAAGAUUGGUUCAACACGCCAUUUUCCAAUCAAGGUGUCCAAGACAAGAUCGAUCUCAAUGAAGAAGAACAGCUGCUUAUCAUUAAGCGUUUGCAUAAGGUGUUGCGACCCUUCUUGCUACGUCGUCUCAAGAAAGAUGUUGAAGCUGAGCUUCCAGACAAGGUGGAACGUGUCAUCAAGUGCAAACUUUCAGCACUGCAACUCAAGCUGUAUCAGCAAAUGAAGAAAAAUGGAAGAAUGUACACCUCUAUGAGCAAAGAAGGAAAAAUGGGUGUCAAGGGUCUCAACAAUACCAUCAUGCAGUUGCGCAAGAUUUGCAACCAUCCCUUUGUAUAUGAAGAAGUGGAAAACGCCAUCAAUCCCAGUCGACAAUCCAACGAGCUGUUGUAUCGAGUAUCUGGCAAAUUUGAGCUUCUGGAUCGCACCCUUCCAAAGUUGCGUGAGACUGGACACAGGGUGCUUAUCUUUUUCCAAAUGACUCAAGUAAUGUCGAUCAUGGAGGACUUUAUGAACUAUAGAGGCUACCGUUAUCUGAGAUUGGAUGGUUCAACAAAGGCCGACGAUCGAUCCCAAUUACUUCAAGUUUUCAAUUCUCCAGAUUCGCCCUACUUUGUGUUCUUGCUUAGUACUCGUGCUGGUGGUUUGGGCUUGAAUUUGCAAUCAGCCGAUACGGUCAUCAUUUUUGACUCUGAUUGGAACCCACACCAAGAUUUGCAAGCGCAGGAUCGUGCUCAUCGUAUUGGUCAGACCAAAGAAGUGCGUAUUUUCCGAUUGGUAUCGGCCAACUCCAUUGAAGAGAACAUUCUUGCACGUGCCAACUACAAGCUGGAUAUUGAUGGCAAGGUUAUUCAAGCUGGUAAAUUCGACAAUCGUAGUACGGAUGAAGAUCGUGAAGCCUUUUUGCGAUCUCUCUUGGAAGACAAAGCAGAUGAGCAAAAUGAUGUAGACGGCGAAGAAGACAUAGACGAUGAGGAAUUGAAUGAAAUGCUGAAACGAUCCGAUCAAGAGCUGGUCAUCUUUAAUCGCAUCGAUGCUGAUCGUGACCGUGCUGAAUCCGAGUAUUAUCGCCGAAAGGGAAUUCGUGGACGGAUACCUGAUCGCCUGAUACAAGAAGAUGAAUUGCCCGAAGUAUAUCGGCAUGAGGAGACACUUGUCGACGAUAUUUCACCAUUACUGGAGUAUGGCCGUGGACAACGUGUCAAGGAUUCGGUACGCUAUGAUGAUGGCUUAACCGAGGAGCAAUGGGUCAAUGCGCUUGAGGAUGAAAAUGUCGAUUUGGAAGAACUCAUUUCAAGGAAAGAAGCACGACGACGAAAAGGCAAAGAGCUUCAAGAAGAUGCAAACUAUCUCAAAAAGCGAGGGCGACCAAAGAAAGCUGAGCCAGAGAAAAAGCGAAGUCGUGCACGUAAAGAUGAGGAGUUAUCUGGUCCAGAUCCCCUUCCACCACAAAUGCGACAACAAAUGACACAGAUCUUUGAAACAUGUUAUCGGGCAGUUGAGGAUGCUGAGGAUGAGGAUGGCCGUAAACGAAAUGUGCUAUUCAUGGACCUUGUCAGCAAGCGGGACUACCCUAUAUAUUAUACCAUGAUCAAGAACCCCAUUGCAAUGAAGAUGAUCAAGAAGCGCAUCCAUUCACCCUAUUACAAGUCGAUCCAGCAAUUCCGAGCCGACUUCCAUCUUAUGUUUGAUAAUGCUCGAACGUUUAAUGAAGAAGGAUCUUUGGUAUAUCAAGAUGCGGAUGAGAUGCAGAGAAUCUUUGAUAUGACAUUCGCACAGCUUUGUCCCAAUGACAUGUUACCACCUUUGCCCAUGAUGGAUAAUCCAAUGCUAGGAGGAAUGUAUGGCGGCGGCAAUGGCAGUGGGAUGGCUGCUCCAUUUCAGGCUGUUCCAGGUACCAUGCCAGGUAGCAAAUUGGAGGCACCAAAGAAGCAAAAGCGUGGACCAAUGGAAGAUGAAGAUGAGGAUGCUGAAGAUGAAGAUGAUGACUACGACGAUGAUUACAACGAGUAG